GCUCCAGGGAGGCUCUCUCGCCUGCCUGUUGUUUCGCAUUCCAAUUCAUGCCCAUAUUGUUUCUCUCAUCAUUUUGCGCCGACCAGCUGUUGUAGACCCGAACCGAUCCGCCUUUCCACGCUGUUCUAUCGAAUCCUUGUUGGCCAGUGCAUCUCAGUUUGACCAGAUGCUGCGAUCGUCGCGCCAUUCGUCCUGUGUGAAGUAUGGCGGACGCCGAAAGGGCAACACUGUCUCCGGAAGAUGAGGAGCAGUGUUGGUCAGACCUGGCACAAUGCGUCGCCUCUGUCUGCGAAUCCCACGAAUCGAUCGACGACGCGCUCCGUUCCUGGCUCGACGCCACGACCCGACUCCUCGACGGCACGAACUCGCAGAGCGAUGUCAUCAGCUCGAGCCAUAUGCUCGUGGAGAGCGCACUGUUCCAGGACAACAAGGCCUAUAUCCGUACACAACUCAUCCACAGCCUCUUGCAGGAGGACGAGCCGAGUCCGUUAUCGGCGAUAGCGUGCCUGCUGCUGCUCGACGGUGACCAUGAGGAGAGUCUAUUCUCGCGCAUGAUUGAGGAGGCCUGUUUCCCACGGCUGUUGGAGCUCAUCAAUGGACAGAGGGACGGCGAUCCCCGGUUGCAUCGCUUUCUGCUGCAGCUAAUGUACGAGAUGUCGCGAAUGGUAAGGCUACGACGGGACGACAUUCAGCUGGUCGACGACGACUUUAUCCAUUACCUCUUCAGCAUAAUCGAGAACCUGUCGGACGAUGUCCACGACCCGUACCACUACCCGACAAUCCGUGUUCUGCUUGUUCUGAAUGAGCAGUACAUGUUGGCAUCGACCGAGUCUGACGACCAGGACGCGCCUGCUUUGACAAACCGCAUCGUCAAAUGCUUGAGCCUACAUGGCUCCUCGUAUCGCACGUUUGGGGAGAAUAUCAUCCUCCUGCUGAACCGCGAGACGGAGACAUCGCUGCAGCUCCUGAUCUUGAAGCUGCUUUACCUCCUCUUCACCAACAAAUCCACGUACGAGUACUUCUACACGAACGAUCUGCGGGUGCUUCUUGAUGUCAUCAUACGCAACUUGAUGGACUUGCCGGACGAGAAGAUCUCCCUGCGGCACACAUACUUGCGUGUCCUGUACCCGUUACUCGCCCACACGCAACUGAGCCAGCCGCCUCACUACAAAAGAGCAGAGAUCCUUCGAGUUCUGAGUCUGCUGCGCGGAUCACAGAACGCCCACUUUGCCCCAGCGGAUGAGACGACGCUGCGGCUCGUGGAUCGCGUGGCCAAAGUCAAGUGGCUCGACAUUGAACAAGGCACGGGCGAGGCGGAGGUGGCACGCAAGAUUCUAGGGAUCAGCCUCUCAAGAUCGCAGACCGCCAGUAGCAUAAGUGUUCACGACGUUGCUGGCGUGAUGGAGAAACCUGGUGUGCAGACACCUAGUCGCAACAACGGCGAAAACGGGAGGGGCGAUGGCCAAUGUCUCACAGAGGGAGCAGUUGUCAGUUCAAAAAAGCCCGUGCCUGAUGUGCCAAAACACCGCCACGGCAUCCCGUUUGCGCAGACGGCAAAGAAAAUACCUCCAAAGGCACCACCUCCUCGAAGGUUUGGGAGGUUGAAGUCGGCACAACAUUCACCUGUCGACACGAUUCCAGAGAACGGUCUGGGGAGCAAAGUCAGGACCGAUCCACCGGCUGAUGCGUAACUUUGCGUCCAGGACUUUACUUGGAGUGGACACUGCUUCUUGAUAUUGGGGCCGGUGUAUAUGAGCUCUGAUUUGAAUGUCGUUUGGCGCACCUAGGAGGUGCUGGGAGCAUACUUUAGGCCUCAGGAGGGUCAGCUGGCAGGCUGCAGUUUUGCAUAGGCGCCUAGCGUUAAGCGUCUUUCCGAUGGCUUUACCAUCGAGGAAUCACGAUUGAAAUUGACGUGU